AUGAUGCAACGAAGAUGUUCAUUAAUUGUGAAUAAUUGUAAACGAAUUCGAUCUAAUCUACCGUUAAUAUCGUCGAAUCGAUGUUACGAUCGUGGCAGUGGUGUUCGACGGGCUGAGGAUGUCCAGAAGGAGAUCGUUAAACGGAACGAAGAUAAGAAAGAGGAGAAUCCAUUCGAGUACACUAUUUUUGGUGGGUUCAUUUUAAUCUUACUUCAUUAA